GUCGCUCACUUUGCUCGCUCGGCUUCGAUUCCGUCGUGUGUAAAAGUCACCUGCGGUCAGGUGCGUGUGUCGUGAAAAUAGUGCAAAUAAUUCGCAAAACACUUUGGAAAAGGACCCGUAAAAAGGAAUUAUGUAUCGCUUGCUAGUGCAAAGAACGAUCUUUAACGGUUCGAAGAGACAAAGUGCUCAGUUAAUGCGUAACCUGGGCACUCGAGGGCCUACAAAUGCAACAGAAUUUCGUGAAGCCGGCUUCGGAAAGGUGUUGGUUGUUUUAUCACCAUUUCUUGUGGGUGGUGGAGUAGUUGCUUAUGCAAAAUACGACUAUGAAUUUCGCAAAACUCUUGUCAUCAAUGUUCCAGCAUUGGAGCCCGUACUGGAAAUACUUUUGCAAGAAAAGAAUCCUUUGGAUGAUGUAACAAAAAAGUUGGACGAAAUUUCCAGCACCAUUAGUGGGUACACUUCUAGUGUAACGAGUUUUUUCACUGGUGGAAAGGAAGAUAAGAAACCCGAGAAACCCGUUGAAUUACCACCCGUCACCCGUUCCAAAUCGGUACACGUACCUGUUCCAUCGCCUCCACUGCCAAAACCAGAGCCAUUACCGGAGAAAGUUGCCCCUUCAUCAACGUCUUCUGCUAAAACUCCGAGCUCAACUGUAACACCAGUGAAGCCAGCACCCGCUAAAGCUACAAGCCCUAUAAUCGUUUCAAAACCUGUCGCGCCAGCUGAGGAAGUACCCAAAUCAAUUAGUGAUCUCGAACGGCAAAUCGACGUAGCAGCGGCAACAGCCAUUAAAGAAUAUGAAAAGGCUGUGCAGAUUUUGAAAAACUACACGGAAACAGUUCGCAAAGUCGUUGACGAAUCCGUCGAUAAGCUGGACAACACGAGCUGGACAUUAUUACGAAAUCGCACCAGCGCCCGUGACACUGCUCUGAUGGCAGCGGAAGAAGCGGCUGAAAAGGCAAGAGAGCACAUCGAAAAGCUAAAGCAUUUGUUGGAUGGCAGGGAAUUGAAAUGUUCCGACGAUUUAAAAUCCGAAGCACGCAAGAAUAUUGCUUCGUAUCUAGAACAUCUGAACAAAGCUAAAGAAGAUGUGUACCGGGCGCGUGAUGUUGCUAAUAUGGGUGAAAAGUACUGGAAAAAAGUGGAAACAGCAAGAAACUUUUUCAUAGACGAAAUCGAAUCGCUGUUCCCUGGUAUUAAAUUGAACGAGAAAAAACUUAACAUGUCGAAGGAGGAUUUGGAUCUGUUUAUCCUACAUGCCUUCAUACAAGUGUCGGCUCAUCAGAAAGAACUGCAAAAGUUACAAAUUGAAGGCGAGCAACAGUUGAAACGGGCCUUGGAAGCGGUCCGUGGUACCGAUCAAAGUGACGCAGUCAAGGCGCAGCUAGAGUACGAGAUGGCAAAAGAGAAGCGUGACUUGAAUUUGCAAAACCAGAAGAAGCUUCUUGCUAUCCGCGCUGAGUUGGAACGGGACCUGCGUAACCAAAUGAAGCGACAACUGGAUGCCCACGCGGAUCAUUUGGCGGAUGCAAUUGCUAAAAAGGAAGCUGAAAUGAAACGAAAGUUUGAUCGCGAAUUGAAUGAGAAAGUAACGACCGAACAGAAUGCCUAUCAGCUGCAACUGGCGGCAAUGUACGGUAAACUGAAGGGCAUAGAUACUGCCCUGAAAGAGAUCGACGAUGACUUAAAAGCGCGUGCCGAUGCUGAACGAAGUGCACACCAGGCCCAGGCUCUGUGGGGAGCUUGUCAGUCGCUCUGGUCCUCAAUCCGGUCUGGUCAGCCCGGAAAGUCGUGGCGUGAUCAGUUGCGACCGCUUAAAGAUGAAAUUAGUGCCGUGGGUCGUGCUGCCGAAGGCGAUGAGCUGGUUAGUGCUGUUCUAAAAGGACUUCCGGAGCAGGCGAAAAAACGCGGUGUUUACCCAGAGCACGCUCUGCGGGAGCGUUUCAUUAAGGUAGAAGACGUCUCCCGUCGCCUCGCUCUGAUCCCCGCUGAAGGUGCCCGUUUGCCGAUGUACUUCUUGUCCUUCCUGCAAGCUAGCCUGAUCAUUCGACCCAGCGUCCCAAUAUCCAAGGAUGAGCUGGAAGAUAAACCGUUCGAUUUUAGUAAACUUGAUACCUACGAUAUCUUAAAUCGCGCUCGCUAUUGGCUGGAUCGGGGUGAUCUGGUGCGCACGGUGCAGUAUAUGAACCUUCUCAAGGGUGCAUCACGGAAAGCUGCGAUGGAAUGGCUGAAUGAAGCACGUUUGCUAUUGGAAACACAACAAGCUGCCAAUACCCUCAUGGCCCACGCUGCAUCUAGCGGUAUACGGUUUCUGUAGUGGUACGCGUAAGGUGUUUUUGUGUUGUAGUUCCUGCAAAUUUCCACGUAUCAGCACCAUCAGCAGUCAUAAGUCGAAAAGUUUUGGGCAAAUUUCGAGUCCUACUAUAGGAAAUUAGGCGCCAGUUUUAUGUUGAAUCCAUUUAACGAAUAUUGCUUAAAGAAUUCCACCCAUUUUACCACGCCCAAAUCAGCAAUUCAAAAGUUCAAGCUUAAGUUUCUUGCUGGAAACUGGAUGCCAUCAGUUUUGUACAAGCUCAAGAGACAUUUGAAUUGUACUAGACAAUGCAAGUGAUAAACAAAAAUUAAGUAUGUAUUGCUUUCGUGUUAUUGAAAUAAAUUUCCCAAUUUUUGCACUUUCAUACGUGAAUCAGAAAUGAAAAUUUUCCAACUGGCACAGUCAUGAUUGCUUUCUAGAAUGAUGGUUUUUUCAAAAAUGAUUGGAUAAUGUCGUGAAAAAAUGCAGAAACUGAAUUGAAAAACAAGAACGUUAAAUUUAUGAAAGGUUAAACGUUGGUACCAAAUCGUAGAUUGAUUCAAUAAAAAUCGUAAAAAAUACAACCCCAACAAAAGCUAUUAUAAAUAUACCAUUUGUUUUUCGAAAAUGAUUUUUUUGCGUAAGUCGCAUCCACUUAAAUAGCUGAGGAUAGGAAAUUAUGAAAAUUUCGAAAAAUCGAACUUUAAACUGAUUUUUGUUGAAAGUUUGAAAAGCCAUUUUGUUUCGAAGAGAAUGGUAACAUAUAAUAUGUCCCAUGUGAUUUGUAACACGUUACACGUAAUACGGAACAUGUUUGUUAAAUGUAAUGUUGCACGUGAUUUUAACUAAAUUAACGCCAUUAGCUUUGUCAUUUACUACUCCACUCUAUUUCGAAACUAUUCGAGUAUUCCAUUGAAAUAUAUAUAAAGUCCAUAAAGUCAGAGUGAUCUUAAAAAAGUUAGUUGCAUUCCCUUGUAAAACCACUUCAUAUUAGAAAAUUUGGUUUAAAAGAA